GAACUAAUUCGCACGCCUCCUAGCGUGUCUUGCGUGCUUGCGAGAGGUCAUGACGAGGAACACCAAGAAGCACGUUGUGGGGACGUUGAUAAAGUGCCAGAGAAUGCCGAGAAUAGGCCGAAAGUGGGUGAAGUAUCCCCACACAGCCCCUCCACCGUGAUCAUCGUCACCAUCUCGCUUUGGCAGUCGUCCCAUGAGAAACGAGUAGUCGCUGAACCUGUUGUCUCGAGUCAAUUGAAUUUCUCAUAGCGUCUCGCGACUAUAUCGAGAUACGCAUCAGUUGAAAAGGGCAGCCGAACAACGCCAACAUGACGACCGAUGUCGGUGGUGCCUCGGCAUCAACGGCCGGAUUGGCGGGGAACGUCCGAGUUCUCGAAGACGGCCCCGGCCAACUCGCCUCGGUCUUCAACCGGGAGCUGUCGCUGGCGUCCAGAUCGAUCCACGCCGACGACUAUAUCAACACCCACAGAGCCGUGGCACCGCCGAUGCACGUGUCGACGACGUUCCGCUACGCCCGCGACCCGAAUGAGCUGGUGCCCUGGCUGAACACCGAUCCCGCCGCCCCCCACGACUCACACGUCUACUCCCGCGACUCAGCGCCCAACACGACCCGCCUCGAGGCGCUCCUAACAUCCAUCAUCGGCGCCCCCUCGCUGACCUACGCCUCGGGCCUAGCAGCCUUCCACGCGAUGCUAGUGCACCUCAACCCUCGCCGCGUGGCCAUCGGCGGCGGCUACCAUGGGUGCCACGGCGUGCUAUCCCUGCUGUCCCGUCUGACGGGCCUGGAGCAGCUAGACCUGGACAACGAGUCCGACCUGGCCCGCCUGCGGCCGGGCGACGUGCUGCACGUCGAGACGCCGCUCAACCCGACGGGCGAGGCGCGCGACCUGGCGCACUACCGCCGCCGCGCCGACGAGCUGGGCUGCUACCUGACCGUCGACGCGACGUUUGCGCCGCCGCCGCUCAUGGACCCGUUCCGGUUCGGCGUCGAUGUCGUCAUGCAUAGCGGGACGAAGUACUUUGGCGGACACAGCGAUAUGCUGUGUGGCGUGCUGUCGGUGCGGCCGGACAGGGCUGGCGGUGAGGCGGGGUGGAUCAGCGGGCUGCGGGCUGAUAGGCUGCUUCUGGGGAGCGUGAUGGGGAGCCUGGAGGGCUGGCUCGGGGUGCGGAGCUUGCGGACGCUGGAGCUGAGGGUGCUGAGGCAGAGCGCCAAUGCGCAGAAGUUGGUCGACUGGCUCGCUGGGGAGAUGAAGGAGACCGGGGGAGGCAACGGUGGUGAUGGUGACGGGCUCGUCUCAUCCAUGGUCCUGAAAGUCCAGCAUGCCUCGCUCCAGCCCGAGGCUCAAGAUCCGGACUCGUGGCUUCGAAAGCAGAUGCCGCUUGGCUACGGCCCCGUCUUCGCGAUUCUGAUGAAGUCGCCCGAGGACGCGAGGCGGCUGCCCAGCAAGGUGCAUCUCUUCCACCAUGCCACUAGCCUCGGGGGCGUCGAGAGCUUGAUUGAGUGGCGCGCCAUGACCGAUAGGAGCGUUGAUAAGCGGUUGCUGAGGGUGAGUAUCGGCGUGGAGGGUUGGGAGGACCUGAAGGAAGACCUGCUGCAGGGAUUCAGGGCCCUGCGAGAGGAGAAUCAGAGAAGACAGAGUUAGCUCAGCCCCGCCCCCCCCCCCCCCGACAGCGAAUAUUUGUUAUGAUAUCCAAUUCGAGGAAACCCAGAAGUAAACCUGAGUCGUCAAAGAUGCUGCUAGAUUGGGGCACCUUGUUAAGACCGAAUCUACAAUGUACCAGUCGGCCAACAAAGUGAAUAUCGGGUAGGUAGGCUAAGAUAAACGUCGCAAAAUCCAGG